UGUUUCACAUUGAGUAACACGCAAAAAGAUAUGCUCUUACAAGUUUUAAGAGAUGUGAAAGUACCAGAUGGAUAUGCUUCAAAUAUCUCAAAUUGUGUUGAUCUUAAGCAACGCACUAUGCAUGGGUUGAAGAGUCAUGAUUGCCAUAUUUUAAUGCAACAAUCCUUCCUAUUGCCUUGCGAAAUCUCUUGCCAGUGAAUGUCCUUAAGCCAUUGAUUGAAUUAAGUAAUUUUUUUAGAGGCAUUUGUUCAACAACUAUGCAGAUAGGUGAAUUAGAAAAGCUCCAGGAUCGAGUUGCAGUAGCUCUUUGUCAUUUGGAGAGAAUAUUUCCUCCAUCUUUUUUUGAUAUCAUGGAACAUCUAAUCAUCCAUUUAGUUGAAGAAGCAAUGUUGGGUGGACCUCCACAAUAUCGCUCAAUGUGGGCGUUUGAAAGGUAUCAUUUUAUUAUAAUUUUAUUGUACUUAUAAGGAAUUGCAUUGAACUUUUGGAACUUGCUAUUUUAGGUUCUUGCUUACUCUUAAAAACUAUGUAAGGAGUAGAAGUCAUCCAGAAGGUUCAAUUUCAGAGGGAUAUUGGAUAGAAGAGUGCAUGACGUUCUGCUCAAGAUAUUUAGAUGAGGUGGAGACAAAGAUUAAUCGACCUUUAAGAAAUAAUGCUUUGUCUAGUGAAACCGCAAAUCAAGAGGGUCGUCGAUCAAGUAAAGAGAAAGGGUUUGAUCUUGAUGACAUUACACAUGCUCAAGCACACAGAUAUGUUUUAUUUAAUUCUGCCUCCACAACUCCGUAUCGCGAGUACGUAAUAAAUCAUAAUAUAUGCAUAGUAAUUAAUAUUAAGUAAUAAUAUUUACAAUUUCUUUUAUUAAGUUUUUGUGUGUUUUACUUCUGCAGUGAACAUAUAAAAGAAAUCAAGAAGGAAAAUCCUCGUCUAUCGAGACGUGAUGUGGAUAAGAUUCACAAUGAAAGAUUUCAAAUCUGGUUUAGAAAUCAUGCUGAGAAGAUGCAUAUGGCCGGUGAGCAAAUGCCUAAAGAUAUUCAAAAUUUAGCUGUUGGCCCAUCCAAACAAGCAAAAAGAAUGACCGGAUAUAUAUGUAAUGGAGUUAGAUACUUAACAAAGUCUCGUGAUGCUAGGAGAAAAACUCAAAAUAGUGGUAUUAUGGUAAAGGCUACCACUCAAAGUUAUGCAAGCGCAAGAGAUAAAAAUCCCAUAUUGGCAGAAGUUUCUUUCUAUGGGGUCCUCACAGACAUAAUUGAGUUGUAUUAUACCAAGAAGCUCAAGUUUGUAUUGUUUAGCUGUAAAUGGGUUAACAAUAACAAGGGGCUUAUUGAGAAAGAUGAUUAUGGAUUUCCUCUUGUGAAUUUUAAUCAUCUACUCUACACAAGGCAUCAGUUAUCAAAUGAACCUUUCAUUUUUGCAUCUCAAGCUCAACAAGUAUUUUAUGUCGAUCAUCCAAUGGGAAAGGAGUGGCAAAUUGUUGUUAAACUUAAGCCAAGAGGUUUUUACGAUUUAGGUGAAAACACACCGGCAAUUGAGCAUAAGGAAGGCCAUAUGGAACUGUGGCCUGACCAACAGCUUGAUGAUACUACAUUUGAAAGUGAAGAUGAUAUUGAAUGGGUUAGGGAAGGAGUACCAGGGAUAGAAGUUGACCCGCAAACUCUGGAAAUUAAUGAAGCAUUUGAUGAAGAUGACGAAAUAUCUUAGUUCUUAUUUCUAUUAUAGUUAUGGUCAUUAUUUUAAUACAGAUGCUUAUUGAACAGUAAUUUGGUGAUUUUUACUAUGUUAUUCAAUUGUUAAAAUCUUGUGUGCCUGCAUGUCUUAUUAUUUGACCUGAUAGUUAUAUAUUAUUUUGAACUUUUAGAUAGUAGAAAAUAUUUUCAAUUUGGCAGGAUUCAUAGUUUUUGAGAAGCAUCGUUGAAAUGGCAAGAAAAAGACAGAGAAAUUCUAGUCAAGACGGGCUUUUAUCUAAUUCCUCGGAGCAACAAGGACAACAAGUGGAAAGUGGGGCAAUGCCUCAACCACCUCAAAAUUGGCCACGAAAUGAAAGACAACCUAUCCAAUCUGGUAACUUGUCUAGAAAUGAUUCACAUGAUAUAGAAAAUCUUCCAGGUAUUAUAUUUUUGUGAUAAUCUUUUCUUCCUCUAUAGUAUAAAGUAGUUAGAUAACUGAUUUUUAUAAAUAAUUAAUUCCCCUUCUUUUUAUCUUUGAUUAUUUGCAGAUUAUAGUGAGAGUGAAGAACAAUCUAAGCGGCCUAGGGUCCCACUAUGAUGCACUCAGGAUGGGGAAAAGACGGUGAAAAUUUACAUGUUGAAUUGAAUGAUCGUGGACAAGUUAUUGGUCCAGAAGCAGCUAGAUUACAUUCAAAACUUGGUGUGAUAGCACGAAAUGGCAUUUUAGCGCCAUUGAAUCAUAGAGAUUGGAGGCUUGUUCCUGAUAUGUACAAGGAUAUAAUAUGGAGUGACAUUAAGGAAAAUACUGAUGCAACUAAUGAUAUGAGACACAUUUUGAUGAUGUCAGUUAGAUCUAAAUGGAAAGAGUGGAAGCAUGAAGCAAAGGCUAUGACCCGUAUAAUACUGAUAUUGAGCGCUUAGCUCAUCGUCCAAAGAGGGUUGCAGAAGAUCAGUGGCGUUCAUUAGUUC